UCAGUUUCACAUCCUGGUAGUAUUGACGCCAUCUUAAGACAAACAGACAAAGCGGUCGCCAUAUACAAUGGCUUCCAACGUACCUCUGACAGGACUGCAGGGCCAGAUACCUAUCCGGAGGAAAGGGAAUACAAAGUGCUCUGCCCAUAGAAAUAAGGAUGUGAUUUUACACUGUACUGAAUGCAAGAUUUUGGUAUGUCUUUCGUGCAGUAUAUCGACUCACAAUGGCCAUACACUUACGGAAAUAUCGGACAUAGCGCUACAGAAGAAGGAUGUUUUGCAGGAUUUUAUUCACGACAUUGAAAAUAACAAACUCAUUCAACUACAGAAUGAAAUGCAAUCAAUUGAAAACAAAAUUCAUGAAAACGACACCAACUUUAAGGAUCUUGGCCAGCAAGUGAAGACGCAGGGGGAGGUAUGUAAAAAACAAAUCGAUGUCCUUACCGACGAGUUUGUCUCCAUCUGUGACAGUUUAGAAAAAGACAACAGAGACUUGCUUUUGAAGUACAAAGAGGACCUCCAACAACGGUACACGUCUCUUCUUGAACAGAUGAGAGAGUGCAAAGAAAUACUUCAAACGGGUACAGAUAUCCUAGUUUAUGAUUCAGCGUCUGACCUAUCCGCUGAGGAAAUCCCAGAAGCACCGGUGUUGCACGAAGCCGACUUCCAUCCUUGUGCGUUAAUCACUUACCAGUUGCGAAAGGCUUUGGGCAUGUUGAAUACUUCCUCAGGACCUCCAAAUGCUUCUUCAGAAAAGAUCGGAUCAAAGGCUAUUGCAGAAGGAUCUACAUUACUGGAAGAAUUUCUGGAUGAAUCCGUUUGCCUGACAAAAUUCAAGAGUCCUAUUGAUUGUACUUCAGUCUGCCCCACCACCUCUGGUGCUUGGCUCUGUGAUAAUGAAUCGAAUGUGUUGUUGUUGGUAGACGCAAAAGGACAAACAAUGCAAAGGAUCAAGUAUCCCGACAGUAAUAUUAUGGAUAUCAGCAUUUCACAAGCAGGCAAUCUGUGGUUUUGCUGCUGUGAAAACUUCUCCAUCAAUGAAGUACCAGCAUCCUCGAUUGUUCCAAUUACUAGAUUUGAAGCAGAUACCUGGCCGACAUGUAUCUGCAUCACAAAGGAUGGAAACGUGGCGGUUGGCACAAAGAAUGCAAACUUUCCGGAAGGGAAACUGUUUAUCUACACAACAGAAGGUCAAUCAAUACUCUCAACCUCUGCAAACAAGAAAGGCUCGGGGCUUGGGACGCCGCAUUCCAUCUCGGAGUGUUCAGUUACAGGUAACUUUGCAGUAAACAGUUGGGAAAAAGAGGGUGAUAAUGGAACUUGGUCUCGUAGAAUUGUUGUAUAUGAUAAAAAAUUGAAAUUCAAAUUUGACAUUUGCGAAGAUGGAUCAGAAGGAAAAACAGUAAAAACAUCGUUUUGUCCAAGGUGUGCUGUGUAUGAUAGCAAUGGCCAUCUUCUUAUUGACCUCAUAAAUGUAGUAAAAGUUUUGGAAGGAACUGGACAGUACCUGCGUACAAUUAACAUACAAGAUGAAAACUCAACCAUUGUGGCCAUCGGUGUUCAACGUGAUGAUGUAUUGUGGGUACAUCUUUAUGCACACAAGCUAGCCAAACGGGGAAUGUUUGGAAAACUGUUGAAAAAACAGUCCGACUCAAUUGCAUGCAAGUCGGAGAUUAAAACUGUAAAGUACUACAAAGACUAAGAGAAAGGCAUAUUCACUCAUGGUGGCAGGGAAAAUGUUUAGGUUGAAAGUUGGUAAAAGUACCCGUCUCUAGUGACAUUGUAGCACUACAUUAUAUGUGUCAGAGCUAAUAAGCAUAAAUAAGGCUAUAUGAUCUGAUGUGACAUCCUUAGGAUGUCGAGCCUAUUAUGUUAGGAUAACAUUUGUAACUUCAAAUUCUGACAUGUAAAAAAUGAAGGAGGAACAAAGAUCACAUUUCACAAUGAUAUGUACUUAACAAAGUCACGUUUUGGUAAGGCCAGAAAAUGUGAAUAAACAUUCAUUUCUCCAUAUUUCCCCGUCAUACUGAACUUAGUGCCUUUGUUUUGCUGUAAGACUACAUUGUUAUUUAACAGUGUGUAGAUGUUUUGAUGUUUUGUUAUACUUUAAAAGCGUUUUGAAUAUCUGUGUUUUGUUCCUACUACUUUACCGUUUAAUCUAUAGUAUGCUAUUUUUAAACAGUGCAAUAUAUAUAUAUAUAUAUAUAUUUGUGUGUGUGGGUGUAGGUGUGGGUGUAUGUGCGUGUCAAAAAAGUAAUAUCAACGGUAACUUCCCAAAUACCACUGGCUCCUUUCAAACAUAUGUUGUAGGAUACGAAUAACUAUAAUUUGUAUAUAGGACAAGCAAGUAAAUCUAACAGUGUAGACACAUUGUGAGGUCAAAGUAUGCAUAUCUUUCGGUAUUUUCAUAUGACCUUACAUAAUGUUUAACUGGAAUUUCACAGGAAAUGUCUACAAUUAGAAUUAUACCUCCUUGUCCAUAUAUAUAUACAUAUUAUUUGUGAACCUAAGUUUAACCCCCUAGUAUGUAUUGUCCCAUCUGAAAGUUUUCAUAUGUACCUUGUCAAUAAAGGAACUGGUGCAUUUCAUUGACAGUAUUAGAUAAAUGCUACGUAAAAUAAGUACGAAUAUACAGGGUUGAGAGCAAUGGGUUUAUCCCUUGAAUAAUCGAGUUCUAUUCCAUCCAUAUUGUCAUCAUGUAAUUGUAUAUAAUUGUCAAUAUUGCAUAUUCAUAAUUCCCAAAAGAAUAAAACGUAAUUGUUCUUAAACUUGA